AUGUUCACAGACCCGUCUAUGGCGGAUUGGGCAAAGGUGGCAUCAAAAAACAAUGGUCUCAGUGUACAAUGGACUGAGGAUAAAGACGAGGCAAACGAGUGGGCCUUGAAGUUCCUCAGAGACACUCUUGUUAUUGCUACUGGAUCUAUCCCAGUAAUUGGUCCGAUCCUUUCCAUAGGGACUGCAUUGACUUUCCAGAUGCUCAUUGACCCAGAUGAGUUCAUGGAUGAACUUGCUGAACAGCUACCAACGUUCAGAUUGCUGGAGGGUAUGAUGUUCGAGAUGAAGAAAUUGACCUCUGAAACCCGGAAAAACAUGGUCAUCAAAUUGGACGUCGCAUCUUCGAUUCAAAUAAACGCAACGAAUACGAACAGCAGCGACUUAGUGCAGAAAGAUCCCGCGCAAGAGCAGAAGGCAGAUUCAGAACAGAGCCAAGAUGAUUCUAAUGAGGAAUACUCCACUGUACCGCCAUUUAAUGCAAUUUCCAAAGCCGAAUACGAUGCCACAAUUUUCAAGCGGAUUCGAGGGCAGAUUGCUGAUAAGUUCUUGCAAGUACUUAUUCACCCAAGGCUAUGGCCUAGGAAGUGA